CCUCUCAUGGCAACGCAAAUGUCACAAACCCACAAUGUCAUUGCGUGUUUAUUGGCAAGUGUGAUGAACACGUACAGUUGAUUAAAGACCGUUCAAGUAUCAAAACUGUCGUGUUAAGUGGAUAAUUAUCGUUUUUCGUUCGAAGUAAUUAAGUGUCGGUGCGUAUUUAGGGUACAUCGUGAAAAUGAGCGACGGUGCGGGACCAUCGACCAGCUCGGAGCAGAGACAACGGGGGCUCAACGUAGAGGCCCUCAAGCAGCACGUUUUAACCCACAAGAUCGAUUGCGGAUUAUGGGGGAUCCGAAUUCUAACUAUAAUCUUCACUUUUGGGUACUUUGUACCACUUUUUGGGAAUGCUCAAAAUGCCUACUAUAAAGCGUUGAUUGCGAAUGCGGCUAUUAACGCCCUACGACUGCACCAGAGGCUUGGAAGGGUCAGACUCAGUCGAGAAUUUCUCACAGAACUAUUAAUGGAAGAUAGCUGCCACUACUUGUUCUAUUCCAUGAUUUUCCUGUAUGUGGCGCCCUUAACUUUGGUGCUGCUGCCAGUGGUCCUCUUCGCCAUCCUCCACGCCGCCAGCUACUCUCUAACUCUCCUCGACACCCUUGGCCAGAACUCGUGGUGGGGAGCCCGUCUCUUAAUCUCAUUGGUGGAAUUCCAAUCUCUGAAUAUUUUGCGACUGAUUGCAUUCACAGAAAUCAUCAUGAUGCCAUUGACCGUAUUCUUUGUUUUGAUGGGACGCGCCAGCUUGUUGACUCCGUUCAUCUACUAUCAUUUCUUGACCCAGCGAUACACUUCCAGACGCAACCCGUACAACAGAAACAUGUUCUAUGAACUCAAACUCCUGUUCGAGCGAACGGCAGCUAAACCGAGCAUGCCAUCCUUCGUAAAAAAUAUUCUCUUGGGUAUUGUUAGCUUCACCACGAAGUUGGCUCCUCCGCAGAUAGCGCAGGCGCAACAGCGUACUCAGUGAAGAUUUCGUGUGUCCUAAAUGUUCGUGAUAUGGGUAAUUUUAACGCCUAGUAUUGUUUCUUCGCACUCGUUUCAUCCUUGUUGAAGAAAUUUCAUGCAAGUUUUGGCACUGUUCAGGUAUGGUAUGAACUUUUUUAUUUUUAUAUACUAUGAAGUAAUUUUAUGUUUAAUUCAGUAGUGGUGUUAUAUGGUUCUGUUACUUGUUAUACAUUCUAUAUUGUAACAAAGCAUUGUGCACAUGGGGAAUUUUUGUUUUUUGGUUUUUAUUAUUUUUUUUUUAAUCACCCGUGAUGGAUGUUCUAUGGUUGUUACUUUUUACUUGUACACAGACAUUUUCCCAUGUGGUCAUGUUGUUAUGUUGUAAGUAAAAUUUGUAAUUUCACAAUAAAAAAAUAAGUCUGGAAAGAG